AUGGCUGGGAAGGUCGUUAAGCAGUUGGCUGGUAGUGGGACUGGUCAGAGCCUUUCGGACUUGAUGACAGCGAUGAAGUAUACUUUAUCAGGCUCUGUAGUUGUUAAAAUUAUUUGCAAAGCUACAACAGAAGAAAUGUGUGCUCCUAAAAGAAAACAUUUGUCCUAUCUUGUACAAUGUACGUUUGAACCUCGCCUUUCAGUCCCGGAUUUCGCCAACCAACUCGUCAUCCGCACACAACAUAGCAACUUGGUUGUUGUAUUCAAAGCAUUGCUGACGAUACACCACUUAAUGCAGUUUGGGAACGAGAGGUUUUCACAAUACAUCGCUUCAAAUAACUGCCAUUUCUAUGUACCAAGUUUACAUGAUCGCAACAGUGUUCAGGCCCAUGGAAUUUCCUUGUUUCUACGACCAUAUGCAAAAUAUCUGGAUGAAAAAGCAGCUUCUUAUCGUGAAGUAGCCUUCGACUUCUGUCGUUUAAAACGCGGGAAAGAAGAUGGUGAUAUACGAACAAUGCCUCAAGAUAAACUAAUGAAAACUUUACCAGUUAUUGAGAAACAAUUAGAUGCUCUACUUAUGUUCGAUGCUACACUUAAUGAAUUGUCCAAUUCACUUCUUCGAGUUGCUCAUUUAUCUCUUUAUCGAGAUUUAAUUCGUUUAUACGCUGUGUAUAAUGAGGGUAUGAUUAAUCUAAUUGGUCGAUAUUUCACUAUGUCCAAACGAGAUUGUCGGGUAUCGUUAGAGAUUUAUAAGAAUUUUCUUAAACGUAUGGAAUCUAUGAAUACAUUUGUUAGAGUUGCUGAGUCUGCUGAACCUGGAGGCACACCCUUAUCAAUUGAUUCAGAAAAUAAUCCUUUCAAGCCAGUCCCUCCAUCAGUUUUAGAAGCCCUUGAAGAACAUUUAACAUACUUAGAAGGUAUUAAACAAGUUGAAAAAAAAAUGACUAGUAAUAUAUCUCCAAAACCACAACCAACAACAAAUCUAUCAAUAUCCAAUAAUAAUAAUAAUGAUUUCGAAUCAUUAGAUUAUUCAACUGGAUCAGAUAAAUUUAUCUUAACUCCUACAGAACGUCAACGUAUUAUUGAAGAAGAACGUGCACGUUUAGAAUCAUUUGUAUCUACUGCAAGACAACAUAAAUUUUCAGAUCAUCAUCAUCAACAUGAUGAUCAAAAUAAUAUAAAUAUAAAUGAUAUAAAUCAACAAAAUUAUUAUUCAAUUAAAUCAGAUAAUGAUCAUUUUCUUGAUUUAUUAUCAUUUGAUGAAUUAUCUCAAACAAAUACUAAACAACAAUUCAAUGAUUCAUUAAUAUCUAUUGGACAAAAUUCCAUUAUAACAUCUGAAAAGAAUCUACUUGAUUUUAAUGAUGUUCCAACUAAUUCACUACCAUUCGGGUCGAAUAUAAGUUCACCAUUACUUCUCUCUGCUCAGUCAACUUCAACUCUAGUUCCUGUAGCGAUAUCCCCUGGUCAGUUGCGUUCUACAAAUCCAUUUUUAUUCAAUACUCAUCCUCAAUUAUCGAUUACAUCCAAAGACUUCAUGUUGAAUCAGCGAGUUUCUGCUAAUCCAACUUCCACAUCUCCACAAAUGCAGCCUAAUUCGAAUACUGUUCCGUCAAAAUCAUUAAUUUCAUUAGACGAUAAAAUUGCUCAAAUAGCUGGAAAUUUGUCUAUUUGUGACAGUUAUUCAUCCACACAAGCUGGUCGUAUUUAUCGUGCUCCCGAUGGAAGCUUAUCUACAAUCAAUUGGUCUGGAACUAUGCCAUGUGUUCAAGUUUCAACAGUAUCCAAUCAACAAAUGUCACAAGUUUCAACUAUUCAUCAAUCACCUUCUUUGAAUCAAAUAAUAGGUCCAGUUAGUACUAAUCAUCAACCAACUGCUUCGAUUCCAUUGAAUCCGACUAAUCCAUGGGCUGCAUCAGCUCAGUCUAAUAUUCCAUAUCAUAUUCAACCGUUUAUGAAUAAUCAUAUUCUAUUGAAUAAUCAUAAUAAUAAUAAUGGAAUAGUUCAUCGUUCAAUUAAUAAUCCAUUUCUUUGA